AUGGACAAUUCUUCUAAAGUUAUGUACUUGUUUCUGGAGGGGCAUGUAGAACUGCAUAAACACAGAUAUGUUUACUUUAUAAUUACUCUCAUAGUCUAUACAUUGAUUAUUUGUGUUAAUACUGUUGUUAUUUUUGUCAUUUACACAAAUAAAUGUCUCCAUGAGCCGAUGUACAUUUUCAUUGCUGCUUUACUUUGCAAUUCUCUUUUUGGAACAACUGCCCUUUAUCCUAAACUGCUGAGUGAUUUUCUGUCUGAAACACAAGUCACUUCUUACUCAGCCUGUCUGUUUCAGGCCUUUUCUAUUUACACAUAUGGGGCUUCAGAGUUCACACUCUUAUCAGCUAUGGCCUAUGACAGAUAUGUGUCCAUAUGUAAACCAUUACAAUAUGCAACACUUGUAAAAAUGUCCACUGUGAAAAAGAUCUUAUUGUGCUGUUGGUUUGUUCCAGCCUGUGUAGUUGGCACAUCCAUAAUACUAACAUACCAACUUCAGUUGUGUAAAUUUCAUUUAGACAGAAUUUACUGUAAUAACUAUGCAAUUGCUAAAUUAAGUUGUGGAGACACAUCUGUUACCAAAUCAUAUGGAUUGUUUGGUUUAACUCUUGCUGUAUUUCCACCAGUGAUCUUCAUAAUCUAUUCAUAUGUUAGAAUACUUGAUGUCUGUUUAAAGAACUCAAAAGAGUUCAGGAGAAAAGCUCUGCAGACCUGCUUCCCACACCUUAUUAUUUUCAUCAGUUUCUCUUUCACCUCCUGUUUUGAAGUGAUCAACACCAGAUUUGAAGGAAAUGUACCUCAUAUUAUUUCUGUGAUGGUGUCAGUUGAAAAUUUGGUCAUUCCUCCUCUUAUUAAUCCUAUUAUGUAUGGUUUGAAACUACAAGAGAUUUACAGUAAAAUCAAGAGAAUUAUGUGGAAAAGUAAGACUCAUACAUCUUUUUAA